GACUCACUCACAAUUUUGUAAUUUUCAAAUAUGAUGGGUCUCCAAGAAGAAGAAUUUCAAAUGCCAAAUUUUAAACAAUUGCUUGAAGAAAAAGAUAGUGAAAUCAUGAGACUGAAGACAUUGCUCACAAAAUACGUACCUAAAUCUGAGCUUGAUCAAAUGAGUAAUUCUCACCCAAGCACUAAAAUUGCUGCUUCGACUGCAACAUUGGAAUCUCCAGAAAAUCUGUGUUCUCAGCUGUCAAAAGAAGAUGUUGCUAGGUACAGUCGACAGCUCAUUCUGCCAGACUUUGGUGUAGGAGGUCAACAAAAGUUGAAAAAAGCGUCAGUUUUAAUUGUGGGAGCUGGUGGUCUUGGAUGUCCAGCAGCUAUCUAUCUGGCUGCAGCUGGAGUAGGAACUAUUGGGGUUGUUGACUAUGAUUCUGUAGAACUGAGUAAUCUUCACAGACAGAUUCUUCAUAAAGAACAUGGAGUUGGGACACCAAAAUCUCUUUCCAUUAUUCUUGCUGUUUCCAGCUUAAACUCAUCGGUAAAGUGUGUUUCUCAUCAUGUCUUGCUGAAAAGCAACAAUGCAGAAGAGGUAAUCUCCCAAUAUGAUAUUAUAAUUGAUGCCACUGACAACGUUGCAUCACGUUAUUUAUUGAAUGAUGCCUGUGUUUUGUUGAAGAAACCCCUAAUUUCAGGAAGUGCCCUGCGUUUCGAAGGACAGUUGACAGUGUACAAUUUUGAUGGUGGUCCAUGUUAUCGCUGCAUACACCCCUCCCCUCCUCCUCCAGAAACUGUUACCAACUGUUCUGAUGGUGGUGUUCUUGGUGUUGUUCCUGGAACAAUUGGUUGCCUUCAAGCUUUAGAAGCAAUCAAGAUAGCUGCAGGACUUGGAUCAUCCUUUUCAGGAAAACUCCUGUUAUUUGAUGGAAAAGAAGGUAGCUUUAGAAAGAUAACAUUACGAUCAAAACAGAAGACUUGCAGUUUAUGUGGAGAUAACCCAGUAAUUUCUAAACUCAUUGAUUACGAACAGUUCUGCGGUGCUUCUCCAACAGAUAAGACUGAAACACUUCAUUUGUUAGAUGACUGUAGUAGACUAACUUGUCAAGAAUACAAACAGUUAAAGGAGGACAGUUCUCCUCAUCUACUUAUUGACGUGAGGCCUCCUGAAGAAGUUGCCAUAUGUCGUCUCCCUAAUUCUGUCAAUGUGCCAUUUUCUAAAGUUGAAGACCCGAUAGAAGUGGAGAAAAUUAGGAAUUACAUACAGAAACUUGACAAUAAAAACAAACAAGUGUUUUUUAUAUGUCGUCGUGGAAAUAACUCUCAGAGAGCUGUUCAACUACUUGAGCCUAAGCUAGCAGAUCUGAACGUGAUUUUACGAGACAUCAGAGGAGGUAUCCAAGCCUGGGCUGAGGAAGUAGACACAGCAUUUCCAAUAUAUUAAAUGGUUAAUGUUGAUCCUCUUGUAGCAACUGCCUGAAGAAAACGUAGCUGUGUAUACACUGUCCUGCAGAACUACAGCCAUGUUUCUCUAAUAAUAAUAAGGCAGCAGUUGUGGAUAAGGAAGUCUUAAACAAAAAGAUGCACAUAUUAAUCAAAACUGUUACUUGAAGUGUAGCUGAAAGAAACAAAACAAAUUAAGUUUGAUUACUUUUUUUACAAUAACUUAUUUAACCCAGACCUAUUUUUCAUUCCACAUGACCUGAAAUAUGUCCAUAUCAUAAACUCUAAACAUUUUAAUAAACUCUUUGCCUGUAUUGUGUCACAGAAUUUUUGGCAUGUACUAACUUUUUUUCAUAUAAUACAUCCCAUGUGAAUCAAGUUUUCUGGUAGGUAUAUGUUGUGUAGAUGGCAAGACAUUGUCAUGUGACUAUCACAUAUCUCCAGCGGGAUAAUGUGUUUUUAUAGAAAAUUUUGGAUAAAUCAUGGUGCUUCUCAGACGUACACUGCUUUACUUCUGCAGCUGUAUAUUGCUAUUUAGCCAUAAUAAAUUUGAAAGAAAGAAAAAAAGAUAGCUAUGUUUUCACUUGUAUAAGAUGUUUCCCUCCCUAACAUCUCAGAAAAGUAAAAGCAGUGAAUUUCAGAGAAGCCCCCAAAUUUAUCUCAAUUUUUGAAUACUGGAUGCACAUAAAGUGUGUGCUGCAUGUAUAAGAUUAAUAAAUUACAUAACUGAAA